UCGCUUGUUACUUACUUGUGAAUGUCACCAGCCAAAGUACUUUUUAUUUUUCUUCUAAAACCGACGGAUAUCUUCGUGGGAAUUUUAUUUAAUUUAUAUAUUUUAAAAAAACAUAUAUAUAAUUUUACACUUUUUAAUGGAAAGUGAUUUUAUUUCAAAUUAGAACGAAAAAAAACCCUACAAAAAACAACAGUUGUAGAUACAAAUUUAAAUUAGAAAACAAAAUAAUAAAAUCUCUUUUUAAUAAAAGUAAUUUUAUUUAUUUAUUGAACGUUGGUGGUUUUACUGGUGUUGAUGGUUUUACACUGGAUAACAAAAUGCCGAAAUCAUUUUUGAUAAGGAAGAAACGAAAUCGUGACCUAUCGUGGUCAACAGGUGUUGACAGUGCUGGAGCCGGCAGUGUUGAAGACGAGAGUCUUAGAGCUGGGAGUGUUGAAAAUGAGAGUGUUGAAUCCCAUGGACAAGCCGAAGACAAUCUGCCGUCAGAGGGAUCAUCAAGUCAGAAGGACAUACACGGUACUCCAACACCAAACUAUGGAGAAUUACUGGAGAGUCCACAGGCAAUCCAUAGUCCCGAGAGUGUGUCCGAAGACAGACCUACUGAGGAGUUUUCACUCGGAGUUCUCUCCGGAACCAGACUUAGUCAUGAUGCCUUUCUCCCUGAGGCCUGCAGGACUGAAUAUAAACAGCCAGAGAAACACUAUCCGGCCUGUGCAACACCCAAGAAAACACGCAAACGUCGACUCUUUAGGAUGUUCCCCCCGUCGACCGAGACUUUUCCGUGUUUACCAGCACACAGUUUACCUCCCUUCCCAAUGGCGCCGUUUCCUGCCAAUUCCACCAUAAGACAUCCAGCAAUGUACAGUCCGUACACUUGCAGCGUUUAUCCUCACCCUGUUCCGUUCAGUCCGCCUAACUAUGUCAGGGCGCCAUUCUUUGUUGUUCCACUAGUGCACUCGCAGCCACGAAGCUGUUCUUCUAUGAUGUCAUUUCCGGAUAAACUGCCAUCGCCGGUUGGAGUUCUGUCCCCUGCGGAAAUACCAUCCCCUUCCGGCUUGAUCAAAGCAGACGAACCUUCGCAAACCAACGGUUCUUCGGGGUCAGGACGAUUUCCCUAUCCAAGACAAAAUGGUGUCGCCUUCCUGGAUACACCUGCUGUUCAAAAUGCACCAUAUCAUUCACCUCCCGCGCCUAAGAUUAUGAAAACGUCUAUUGAAGUUGUUAACGGUGGUUUUGGAAUAAAAAAUCCUCUAUUUGCUUCAGAAAAGGAGGGCGUUGGAUCAGUAGCUGACAUGUCGCAGCAGAGCUGGCUCCCCAAGGUGACUCUGCACACGUGUCCGAUGUGCGCGUUCCAGUGUGACACCUCCAAGAUGAUGCAGACCCACCUCAAGUCUCACAAGGAGAUCAAGAGGUAUCUCUGCUCGUUCUGCGGCAAGGGAUUCAACGAUACUUUCGACCUGAAGAGACACACGCGAACCCAUACAGGUGUGCGCCCCUACAAAUGUGAUAUCUGUGGGAAGGGCUUCACUCAGCGCUGUUCGCUGGAGUCUCACAGUAAGAAGAUCCACGGAAUGCAGUUCGAGUUCGCCUUCAACGAGCGCCGGGGAAAGGUCUACGUCUGCGAGGACUGCGGCCAUUCCAGUAACGACCCGGAAGUGCACUAUCUGCACCUGCGCACGACGCAUCCAAACAACCCCGCAAUAAUGAAAUGCCACGACAGAAGACAGUUUAAGUUUGUGGAGACCAUAGAAAGCCGGCUGUCACAGCAAGUGUCUUGCUGACGUUAGUAGUCAGUGUGCACUGGUAUAUAUACCAGUGACUAGAUUCUCGUCCGAGAUCCUGAGGUCAUAAGGUCUAUCCGCCUUAGCGGAAACAUCGAAGUAUUUCAUGAUUCGACAAGUGCUAAUCAACUGCUAUAACUGGUCAUGACAUGAGCUGUCCUUUAAAGGAAGUGCAUAGGUCUCACUAUACAGAUGGUAUCUGUCAUUAUAACUCGUGUUAAAUUGCCCAACUUUAAAACAACAUUGCCUAUUGAAUGGGUUCUUGUUGGCACUAACUACAUAUACCAUUUAGAAGAUUUUAUAUCUUCGCGUAUUUGUUCUCCAAAGUGGAGAAUAUUUACGUGUUAUAAUACUCCCGCGUGACCCCAUGACUUUGCUGCAAUACCUGUCUUUGCGGGUGGUACAAGAACCCAUUAACACCGGUCUUCUGUUCCGAUGUGCAUCCAUCCUUGUACUAAAAGUGUUCUAAAACAUAAAUGCAGCGAGCCAGAAGAUAAACAUUUUCAACUAUAAACUUUUAAUUCUUUCCUGCUUGAUAGACAUGAAUAUGUGUACCACAACAAUUGUUUAGUUAAAAACUAUUCUCGGCCAUAAUGUUUGAACUCCUGUCGGAAGUAAACUGUGUAAUGAGACCACAUAAAAGACAUGCAAAGGGUAGCUACGGUGGCGGGUUUCUUCUCAUACUAUCUGGACCAGGUGACACAAUUACCAUGUAACAAACAAUGAGUUGAGUUGACAUUAUUAGUGAAAAUAACACGUGUCUUUCGGUUUGUUCCAGUGAAGAUAAGUGUGUGUUAUAUGCAUUCCUGUUAGAUAUUUGUAUUGGGAAUCAGUGAUGUGAAUUUUCUUCCAAGAAUGCUACAGAUAUUCAUUUGUGUUAGCUAUUGCACACUUUAUAGAGUACUGUCAAAAUAUUGCUAGGUUCUGUUAGAUACGAGUUUCUGCAAAAAUAAAUCACUAGCGCCAAUUGUCAUGAUGCAAUUGCCACCAUCCCCAAAUAUCAGGACCCGUUCCAUGAAGCGAUCUUAGCGCUAAAAUCAGCUUAAGCGCAUAACUACGUUUUGCAUUAACGUGAUCUUAGUGCUAAGAUCGCUUCGUGGAACGGGUCCUGGCUCAGAUACAAUAUAUACUGACACACAAUGAAAACGCAAAAACAACUUUUCAUUGCAAAUAACGACAAACUAUUAAUGA